AUGGAAAAUCUUUUGCGCGAAGAAGAAAACGACGAUGAUUCGAGGUCGGAGCUUUCGGAAUUGGAGCUCGAAGAGCUGGUGACGACCAAAUUCGUUGCUGAAUAUGAGGAACUCAAGAAGGAAGUGAGUGAAGUCGAGGAUGUGGAACUGGUGCGUGCCGUCGCCUCGCCGAUUCUCUUGCGAAUCAGUCCUAUCGAGCACUCGCGGAGAAGCGACGGAGUGAUUCUGGAGGAGUACGACUGUCUCCGCCGUCCGAUCGAAGAGAAAACGAAUCUGGACGGGGCGACCGAUCUGAUGGAUCGCAUUCGGAAGGCUUCGGACCAGGAGCUGGCCACGUUUUUCAUGUGGAAUAUUUUCGAAAAGUCGAAGAAGUGGAAGCAGACCAGCAGAGGUGAGUGGGUGGUGCCUUCCGAAUGCACACCCGUGAUUACUCUAUUUCAGACACCGAGCUCUCGCUCAUCAACUCGUCCGUUUCGAUGGUCGACGCCCGACCCCAUCAUCUGCACUUCUUCUGCCGUCGACUCACUGAAUCCGACAUCGUUGACGUCAUUCACAAAUGUCUCUCGAUGCCCGAUCCUCCUAUCAAAUACCGCUCACUCCUUCGGAUGACAAUCAAGACGGAAAUGCCGUUGAAACAAUUUCUCAAGUUUGUAAAUAAUUUCCUCCUACUGCAUCUUAGUCUGCUUUAUAGCAAGUUGCAACAAAUGACCAAUGAAAAUCUUGAAAUGGAGCGGACAAAUGAGAUGGUGACGGCGUCGCAGAAGCAGUCGGACGGAUCGAAUCGCAAGUUCCGAACUCUGAAAAUCGAUCAGUUUUCCCAGUUGGAGCACUUUUUGUGCAACGGAAGCCUGCUGACAAUGGGCGCGACGACUCGCUUUGAGUUCGGAAUGCGGAGCAGACACCACGUGUCGGUGAAUGUGGAAUACAACAAUGAAGUAGAUGUGAAUGGGAGAAGGGCCAAGGUGACUCCGUUCGGGGAAAGCUCGGCCAGAGAAUCCGUUGCUUUCAGAGCAUUGUCGUUGAGCAGAUGGUCACUCCGCUGCCGGGGAUCCUCCCGACAAAACGUGUCACUUUCGGAUUGCCUUUGGUGGAAGACGUCGUCUUUUUUGAGAUUCCUGUUAAUGUGGGCGGCUUUCAUUUUUCCAUUUAGAUUUCAAAAUUGAAAUUUUCAGGCGCCGUUCAAUCCGCUAGGCGUUUCGAGCAGAAUCACCGAUCUGAUUGAGCACCUGGAGAGCAUGAAUCCUGCCGUCAAGAGUGUCAACUUCAAGAAUGUUACUUUCCGUUAA